GUCGAGAAAAACCGGGUUUUUCUUAAAAUCGCCCCGGUAUUUUUUCUGUGUGGAAGGCUGUGCAAGACCGUUCGCCUUGCAAUGCAGAUGAUCUAUGUGGGGAUCCGCGGGCACAGCUCGUCGCAUGCGACAGGUUCUCUUCUUCGACACCACCGCUGGGCCUAUCUUGGCUUUUCGUUUUUUCCUACGCUGUCUUUGUUCAGUACUACGUAGUCAACGCAUAAUCGAAUCUUUCAACCCGAACGCAUUUGUGCUUCACCAUCGGAAGCACGUUUUUUCCGUACCAAAAACGGAUUCCGUUAGGCCUGCGGCUGCGUCGUGCUUGCUCGGGGCUUCGUUUGUGUCUUCGUUUUUUCUCUAUUGCUCUCCCAGUCAAAACUUACCACGACCACUAUGGCAGCUCCGUCAGGGAAACGCGAGGGCGUUGACCUCGAAAACGUGGCGACGGUCGAGCUGCUCGAGGAACUGAAGAGACGCUAUGCAUGCCUCGCGAAACCCGAAGGCCGCUAUAUCUUCAUCGGAGCUCCUGGUUCUGGGAAGGGCACGCAGAGUGUGAAACUGAAGAAGAGCCACUGCCUCUGCCACCUUAGCACCGGUGAUAUGCUUCGUCAUGCUGUCGCUACGGGAACCGAAUAUGGCAAGCAGGCAAAGGCCAAGCUGGACGCUGGCGAGCUCGUCAGCGACGAAAUCGUUCUUGGUUUGAUCGACGAGAAGCUGAAGACACCUGAGUGCCGCCGAGGAUUCAUUCUCGAUGGCUUCCCCCGCAAUGAGGCCCAGGCCGCAGGACUCGACAAUCUCUUGAAGCAAAAGAACCAGAAACUCGAUGGUGUUCUCUAUUUCGACGUGCCCGACAACAUCCUCGUGGAGCGCGUCUCAGGCCGCCGAAUCCACUUGCCUUCCGGGCGCGUCUACCACGUCACCUAUCACCCACCCAAGGUUGCCGGUCUCGACGACGUAACUGGAGAGCCUCUUCACCAUCGAAAAGACGACAACGAGGCAACUCUGAAGAAGCGUCUGGAUGUGUUCCACAAGGAGACGGUUCCCGUGAUCGAACACUACGCAAAGAUGGGUCUUCUGUACAAGAUGGACGCUGCUAAGGACUCCACUGCAGUCACCAAGGAAAUGUAUGACUUUGUUGGCAAGCACCACAAAUCUUUCUUCGGCUGAGAAGUCCGCUCCAAGGCCGCGCCGCUCCCAUAAACAGGGCGAAGGCGGAUGGGACGCGAAACAAACGUCAGGAAGUUGUGUAUCGAGGAAUGUGUGUCAAGAGCAUGGGCAACGCGAUGUAUUGUGGCGCGGACAGAUCUCUCAUGUUUCGUCAACGCUCGAACGCAGCAACUUGGAGGAAAGGUUACGCUGGAUAUGAACGAGCUAACGGGGAGAAAACUGCAGCUUGUGACUAGUGCCCAGGACGGUCGGACUCAGCAGGAUGCUCAUUUUGACAGGCAACGUGGUGGAUGUUUCUUCAUUAGCUUUGGCAGCAGCCCUUUCGGGAAGAAAGACGAAUAUAUGGUCUGUUUUAUGCACACCAAGGAAGAGCCAAGCGGUUGAGAUCACCUCACACUCCUAAGGGACAGGCUCCACGGACGUAUUCCUAGAGUUCCUCCCCAUAAGACAAGCGUACCUUAUGAAAAUGCCUGCGGUGAAACGAACAGGGGUCUCAUGAAAGAAUGGUUGCUUUCUAGGUCUUCUUCAAAACAGAAGCCGAUACGUUUGCCUCCCCACACAGAUGUGAAAUCCUGAGUACUGACGAGGUGCCCCAGCUGCAAAGCAGCGACGAGUUUUGGUUCCAAUCCAAACGAAAGCUCGCUUUGCUCUUUUUGCAUUGACUUCGCGGGUGAGAAAAUGAAAACGUAUGGAGUUUUCUUUUGCCAGACGCUGUCCUGGUCCUUUUUUCUUAAGGUCUGAGUCACCUGAAAAGUCUUCGAUGGUCGUGCAAGUUUGUUUUUCCAGUUGGUAUCCAAGAGUCGAGCAAGCAGGGAAGACGUCCGUGCGUAUCACCGCUUGUGCAAUAGACUAGACUGUGUGUGUACCCUUUCAGUUAAGGACAACCCUGGGCGCAAAUCGUUGCGAUAACUAGAAAUUCAGGCCACAGAGAGGAACAACAAACUACCGUUCUCUUCAGAGCGCAGGCCACUUUUUUUAGAACUCCAAAACGUCUGAAUCCCCUAGACGUGCACGUAGGCGAUUGUCCGUAGGCAUGGACACGACAGUACGUUAAAACAAAGACAUCACGUGAAGUAUGUGCAUGGCAACUGCCUUCCUCACAGUUAUUCCACAUACAUGUACGGUUCCCGCUGCCGGUAGCUAUAUCGCAAGCACUUUGUUUAUCUAUUUUCUGCCGUAUAAACCCAUCAUCCAGAUAUUUCAAUAAUACAGACACUGAAGCCGUUUGAUCUUUUUCCAUCUCUACGCCAGGCGUAACUAUAUUAUUGUUAAUCGAGAGGCGGUUGCCUG